AAAGCUUUGUAGGAGAAAAUGACAGAAAUGUAAUGUGUACUUCUUAGUCGUUAAACACUAAAAAUAAUGUGUACAUAUACAUUCAAAUAUGUAUCAAAAUGUUUUGUGCCAGGUUUGAAAUCACUGUGAAAUUAUGGGAGCUGUAAAGCAUAAUUCCAUUUCAAUACUUGGAAAACAGCAGCAUAAAUAUGCUGUUAAACAUCUUGUUUUGUGCUUCACAGAAGUCAUGCGAGUUUGGAACAAUGUGAUGACAGCACUUUACUUUAUAGCAGUGCAAUCCUGAUUCAAAUAUGUACAGUUCACAUGGAAGGCAAGACAGGAAAUGAAAAGUCGGCAGCGGCCUUGAAACUGUAUCAGAGAGAUUUGAUUUUGGUUUGUUCAGAAGAUUACAAAGAGGAAACGCAUCCAGCUCUGCAACAGAGAGAAAGAUUAUCUUCACAGUUCAAAGACCAGAAUUAAAUAGGGCAGGUAUAUUUAUCUCUAUAUGUCUCCUGAGAAGCUCUCCACCUCUGUUGGGCUGGAAUGAUAAGAUUUUAUCCUUCUGUUUUUGAUUUUAGCCCUUGGUUUCUGAUGAGGACACCUGCCUUUGUUAGCGGUCGUGGCUUAUGUAAAACAUGGACUCAUCCAAAGCUUCAGUCGAUAUAGUUACUGUGUACACAAAUCAAAGCAAGUUGUUGGCUCAGUUUGACAGCUACCCUUUGAUGUAGUAUGCCUGAAAGGCCAUGUUCAGUCUUUGCAUGGUGGAGAGUGAGGCAGAUGAGGUAACUCUCCAGGGUGUGAGUAGCGUGGGACUGAAGCACGCACUGGACUUCGCCUACACAGGCCAGAUCAUGCUGGAGCCAGGAGUGAUACAAGAUGUCCUGUCUGCUGGAAGCCACCUUCAGCUGCUGGAACUGCUCAGCCUCUGUUCCCACUAUCUCAUUCAGGAGCUGAACAGUUUUAACUACCUGGACCUAUACAAGCUGGCAGACCUCUUUCACUUGCCGGCUCUAGAGGAAGCAGUGGUGGGCUUUCUGGUGGAUCACCUCUCUGAGCUGCAGAGGAACAGACAAGAGGAAGUUCUGCUUCUACCUUACCGGCUCCUCAGGGAAGUGCUAAAAAGUGACCGCCUCACCUCCCUUAGUGAGGAGGAGAUAUGGCAGUUGCUGGUGUGUUGGCUGGAGCAUGACUGCAGAUACCAGUACAUGGAGGAACUGCUGCAACACGUGCGCUACGGCCUGAUGGAAGUCUCUGCCCUGCACCAUGUGGCCAACAGCCACCCUUUUCUCAACUCCAGCAGCACCGUCGCCGCCCUGGUGGAGGAGGCGUUGGACUACCACCGCUCUGUAUUUGCACAACCUCUACGCCAGACAGCACGAACCACGCCACGUUUUCAGUCCUUGACGCUAUAUAUUGUCGGCGGGCGCAAACGGGAGGUCAGUCGUGUAAGGGAGCUGCGAUUCUUCAACCCUGCCACACAGGAGCACUUGCGCGUUGCUGGGGGUUCGAACUGGAGUGAGUUGACACCCAUGCCUGCUGGACGAAGUCACCACUGUGUGGCUGUCAUGGGCAACUUCCUGUUUGUGGCUGGUGGGGAGGUGGAACAUGCCACUGGAAGGACGUGUGCGGUGAGGACUGCAUGCCGGUAUGAUCCAAGGGUAAACCGCUGGACUGAUAUUGCACCAAUGAAGGCUUGCAGGGAACACUUUGUGCUGGGAGCUCUGGGACAGUAUCUCUACGCCGUUGGUGGGAGGAAUGAACUGAGGCAGGUUCUGCCUAGUGUGGAGCGCUACUGUCCCAAGAAAAACAAGUGGACCUAUGUGCAUCCGUUUGACCGUUCGCUGUCCUGUCAUGCAGGUUGCGUGGCGGACGGGCUGCUCUGGGUCUCAGGUGGUGUCACUAACACAGCUCAGUACCAGAAUCGACUGAUGGUGUAUGACCCAGGACAGAAUCAAUGGUUAGCGCGCAGUCCCAUGUUGCAGAGGAGGGUGUACCAUGUGAUGGCGGCAGUAAAAAGGCAGCUGUAUGUGCUGGGGGGGAAUGAUCUGGACUACAACAACGACCGCAUCCUGGUUAGACACAUUGACUCUUAUGACAUAGACAUGGACCAGUGGACACGGUGCACCUUCAGUCUUCUCACAGGCCAAAAUGAGGCAGGAGUGUCCGUCCAUGAUGACAGAAUCUAUGUGGUUGGUGGAUAUUCAAUUUGGACAAAUGAACCACUUGCCUGCAUUCAGGUGCUAGACGUGAGCACCAAGGGGAAAGAGGAGGUUUUUUAUGGGCCAACGCUCCCAUUUGCUUCGAAUGGAGUGGCCACGUGUUUCUUGCCUGCGCCAUACUUCACCUGCCCCAACCUGCAGACCCUACAAGUGCCACAUCACAGGAUAGGAGCUCUCUAACCUCUCCACUCAUAACUCAUUGAGGACAUUCCCCCAAACACACUAUGAACCAAUGAGAUCAUGUGAAAGCCUAUUGUACUUUCACAUAUUGUGACUGGUGGAUGAAAUCAUCUUUGAUCAUAUACGUUGAUCUCAUAGGGCCAAUGUUUUGAUGGAUGUGGAAACCUUCAGAAAGAAGUUACGGAGUUGUUUUAUUGUCAAGCUUCACUGACAUUUAUGCAUUUCUGAACUGGAGGUGCUGUGAAUGAUUAAGAGCCACUUUAUGGCCCAGUCCCAGUUGGUGCAAUUGAUCGAUGUGAGCCUGUGGUCCGUCAAGUCCACAGGAUUGCAGGUUGUCCCAUUUAUCAUUUUAACUUAAAAAGGGUUUUUAUACCUCACAGUGAGCUUUUACAUAACAAUCCAUGCAGAAUUAAGUCAAAGGAAAUACACAAGAGCAACAUUUGGGACAGGGCUGAGGUGUAAGCGACCUGUUUUCAUAGAUCCUUAGGACUCCAUCCACUCUCCAUUCUGACUUUAAUGUUACACCGCUUUUAUCCACACAUCAGUUGAAGUUCCUUUUCAUUCCAUGUCAUUUCUCAGCCUGUGACAAACUGUACUUUUAAUCAAAACUCAGGAUGAAGACUGUACAAUUGUUUACUGAACGUGUAUGACCACAGCUGAUGACAAAUGCACACACACAGCAUCUUAACAAUCUACGUCAACUGCGGCAUCUUGACUGUUCUCCAUCCUACCACCAGAAACCCAUUCCGUAAGGAAACGUGUAAGAGCACACUUUUUUUUACACAAUGUCUCUAAUAAAUACAACAUUUAUGCAGUUA